AGACGUUGUACCGUGUAUUUCUUAUUUUAAUUCUGGCUGCUUUCUCCUUCUCUUGCAGGUCAGAAAAAUCAGCGUACAGAGAGCCAACCGAAACUACGGAAGAGAAAUCCUGACCUUUUGCCGAAAUGCGUUUGAGCCGUAGACCGCGGUUAAUGCCAUAGUUGUCCCAGCCUGGAAGGCUCUGAAGCCCUCGAAAAUCCCACCGUCAAUGAAGGAAGAAACCGCCUUGGAUUUUCAAGUGUGGGCGAGGUCCUGAUUCUCUCCCAAUAUGCGUAAGGGGGCACCCAAGGACCCGGAUAUCGCCGACCUCUUCUACAAAGAUGAUCCUCAGGAGCUGUUCAUGGGUUUACAUGAAAUCGGGCAUGGAAGUUUUGGAGCGGUUUAUUUCUACAUAAAAAGCCGCUCCAGGAAGUAGAAAUUGCUGCCAUUACCGACGGUGCCUUGCAGGGACUUGCGUAUCUUCAUUCCCAUUAUAAAAUUCACAGGGAUAUUAAAGCAGGAAAUAUUCUUCUAACAGAACCGGGCCAAGUGAAACUAGCAGACUUCGGCUCUGCUUCUAUAGCCUCUCCUGCCAAUUCUUUCGUGGGAACCCCUUACUGGAUGGCUCCAGAGGUGAUCCUGGCUAUGGAUGAUGGACAGUAUGACGGGAAGGUCGAUGUUUGGUCGCUUGGAAUUACCUGCAUCGAGUUAGCGGAGCGGAAACCUCCCCUCUUCAAUAUGAAUGCAAUGAGUGCCUUAUAUCACAUCGCCCAGAACGACUCUCCCACGCUACAGUCCAAUGAGUGGACAGACUCUUUUAGAAGAUUUGUUGAUUACUGCUUGCAGAAAAUACCUCAGGAGCGUCCGUCGUCGUCAGAACUUUUGAGG